CAUGCCAGAUGCCGUCUGCGCAUUUGUCAACUCGUCGGGCCGUGCAUGGUUUCGAGCACGGAGAGGAGAGUGACGACCAUGAGAGACUUCGGCUUUAAAUAAGGAGAUGGAAUUUGGGAUAGUGAUCGCAGUCCAUUCCUAGACUACGAGGGUCCGCCUUGUCGACACAACCGUCCGGAACAGCAAGUGAUUCCUGCAAAUACAAACAGCAAGAUGCAGGCUCAAACCACCGCCGCCGCCGCCGCCGAGACUGGCUCUUCGGUGCUCCGCCUCCAACAACAAGGCAUCACACGAAAGCUCAAACCCGUCAGCAACGGUGAGAAGGGCUUCACCGAAAUCCCCACGCUGGACGUCUCGGCAAUGUACAGCGACCGAUUGGCCGACCGCGUCAAAUUGGCCAACGCGGUGCGCGAUGCCGCCACGCGAGUCGGAUUCAUGCAGAUCAACAACCACGGCAUCAGCCAGCAGAUCAUUGACGACGCCUUUGCAGAGGCCGAGAAGUUCUUCCAGCUUCCCGCCGAAGAGAAGGAGAAGCUCCACCAGAACAAGAACAAGGACUUUCAAGGAUACGAGCCACUCUAUUACACCAACGUGGGUGGUUUGAAGCGCGGUGACUGCAAGGAAUCCUUCUCCUACGGCUACGACCCGGCCUACGACGCCAACGGCGAUGGCAAAAUGCCCUCGAUCCUCCAGAGACACAACCAGUGGCCCGACGAAUCGGUGGCGCCGAAGUACAAGUCGACGAUGAUCCGAUACCAGCAAGCGCUCCUGGCGCUGGCUCGCCAAUUCAUCCGGAUCUUCGCCCUGGCGCUCUAUCUCCCGGAGGACUACUUCGACAACAAGCUGGGGCACCCGAUCGCGGGAGUCCGCGUCCUGCACUACCCACCGAUGGAAGGAAGCGAUGACGAGGAGAUUGGGCUCGGCGCCCACACCGACAUUGAAUGCUUCACGAUCAUCAACCAGACCUAUACCGACUACCCGGCCCUCGAAGUCCUCAACGCGGACGGGGAGUGGAUCAAGCUCUUCGCCGAACCGGGCUGUUUCGUGGUCAACCUGGGCGACAUGAUGAUGCGCAUGACCAACGACGCGUUCCUGUCGACGGUGCAUCGAGUGAUCAACCGCGGCGACUCGGAACGGUACUCGAUCCCCUUCUUCUUCGGGAUUAACGCCGAUGAGCUGAUCGGCACCCUCCCAAGCUGCAUCACCGAGGACAACCCGCAGAAGUAUGAUCCUGUCACCAUCUUUGACCACUCUCGAAAACGUUUGUUCGCCGCCAGACCAAACCACCCUCUUUCCAAAACGCUGGUGAAUACGCUCCCCAAGAAGUACAUUGUGCAAAACGGCGUCCCAGUGUAUCCUGAAGAGCAGUGACGGAGGGGGUUCAGAAAUCCAACAUGAGGGAUCUUCAGCGCCGCUGGAUAUCCUCCCAGUGUAUCGACGGCAGGCAGACGACGAGAGCGGGGGUGACCUGAUAAACGGUUGCAAGCAUACAAUUGAAAAUGUUGGCCUUAGCCCGGUCCGGACCACGCAGAAUAGCAUAAGGCAUAUAGCAGCUGGCUAGCAUUUUGGGUUCUCCUAAAUACAUGAAUGAUUCUGG